GUGGUGCUUCUGAACGACAUGGGGAAGCUUCAGGAAUUCGAGAUUACUUUCACUAAUAACAAAGUGGUCUACAACCCCGGGGAAUCCGUAUCAGGAACUGUGAGAAUUAAAACAAGCCACUCCUUACAGUUUAAAGCCCUCAACUCGAUGACUCUAAGAGGCCACACUUCUCACAUUAUUCCACGCCUUGCGUGGAGGCUGGAAUGUCACACAUUCCUCACAAACGGUGUUAAGAAUCUACAGCCCUUCAGAUAUUCUUGAACUGCACCCAACUGUCCAAUCAUAGCGCUGGUUUACUUGGUAACCAAAAGCCUUUGUGCCAUUAAAGUCAACUGUGUGGGGUCAUGUGGCAUCUCGUCCAAGCUGAAUGAUGCAUCUUGGAUGCUUGAGGAGAAGUACUUGAGCAGCACACUGUCUGUGGCCGAUAAAGGUACUCUGUCAGCUGGUGAGCACAGCUUUCCAUUUCAGUUUCUCAUUCCAGCAUCCGUUCCAACCUCAUUCGAAGGCCCGUUUGGGAAGAUUUUGUACAAAAUUAGAGCUUUUAUUGACACGCCACGUUUCUCAAAGGACUACAAGACCCAGCGACCCUUUUACCUUCUCAAUGUGCUUAACCUCAAUGAGUUGCCAGAUAUAGAGCAACCCAGCUGUGCUGUAACAACAAAAAAGUUUAACUACCUCCUGGUAAAAACAGGCACGCUCAUGCUGAAGGCCUACAGUGAUCUAAGAGGAUACACUCCUGGACAGGUUAUCAAACUAUCCACUGAGAUCCAUAACAAGUCCGGUAAAGACACCGGCUACGUGAUGGCCAGCCUUAUUCAGAGAGUGUCGUAUAAAACAAAGCGGCCAGUGUUUGAUCUGCGGCCCAUAGCAGAGGUCGAGGGUGCCGGGGUGAAGGCUGGUAAACAUGCAGAGUGGAGAGAACAGAUCAUCGUCCCUCCUCUUCCUCAGUCAGGCCUCACUGGCUGCAGCCUCAUAGAUAUUGAGUAUUUUAUCCAGGUUUCACUAAAAUCUCCUGAGACUGUGGUCACGUUACCCAUCUACAUUGGGAACAUUGCUGUAAACUUGACUCCCUCCAUUCCUCACCCCAUCGCUCAAGGUGCACCUGCCAUGCCUGCCAUGCCAAGCCUCAGCCCUGCACCCGUAGUCCCCAGCGCACCUCCUGCGGAGGACAACCUGGAGGGUGCGCUGGGUGCUGGAGGAGUAGACAGCGAGGAGAUCCCCACCAAGAGUCAUUCUCAGCAGGACCCAUCCGGUGUGCCUCUCUCCAUGUCUCCCAGUGUGUUCGGUCAAGCGUCUGGUCCGGUCGCACCGCAGCCUGCCCAGUCCUCCGACGGCUCUGCUCCUCUGUUCUGUUUGUCCACAGGGGCCACCAUACCUUUCUUCACAGACAGUAAUACAACGCCAGUGCCCACUUCCUGUCCCCUCAUCCUGCCCCCUGAAUACAGCACCUGGGAAUACCCACAUGAGCCACCUCCCACUUAUGAGGAAAGCUGCAGUAGCAACAACUCCAGCUUCAACAGUAGCAUGAGGUAGACCCUUAAAGGGCUGGCUUCUUCAUCAUGCCAUUCAUCUGGUGCCCUCUGCUGGACGGUACAGACAUUGCUGCCAUGCCAUAAACCUGGCCCUUCUUCUCCAUGAACCAAAUCUGUUUAAAACACAUAAAGGAUAAUUUCCUUAAUUUUUAGUUAAUCCCCUCAGAUUACCGUUUCAACAUUGGCGAAAGCAACCCUGAAACUGUAUAGGGAGAAUGUUUUAGUGCCUAGGAAGAUGUAGCACUCGAGCAACCCCAAGAUGAGACAAACACAGAGUUCUUGUGAAAUGAAUACCAGCAUCUGUAACAUUUUGAAGAGGAUACUUUUUCAUUCAACCAAGGCUGGCCUUAUAUAAAGCUCAUCACAAAACAUGCUCGGUAAAAUCUGAAUUGACGCAGAAAUAUAUUUCCGUCCGACUGAAAGUCUCGUUGAGGAAAUAAAUACUCCUCUGCUUGUGAUGAUCAUUAUGAAUCAUAAUGCACUCCAUGCUUAUGGCUCUUGACGAAGACGCUGGGCCACAGAGAAAGUUACUCUGGAAAGAACAAGUUUUAUUUAUUGAUGAUGUUGGAAGUUUUCAUUUGACUUUUUAAAAUCCAUCUCAUUACCAAAUGGACACUGUGUGGAUACAGCUCCGGAAUACCAAUGUAGUCAACCAUCUUUGAACACAUACGCCAAAUGGUAGCCAGUGUUCCUUGAAUGCUUAAGGGAACAACACAUUGCAUAUCAUUUUUAAAAGAAAACUACAUUCAUUUUGUUUUGCAGGUUGGCAAGAGAUUUUAGGAUGACACUUUGGACUCCUGACUCUGUAUUUUUACCUUAUUUUACACAAAACAAAGCAAAAUUUGUUUUUCUUUUCUGGGGUUUAUCAUUUCACCCUAGAAUGAUUAUUUCAAAGUCAUUUUUCAGACUGUGUGUAAUAUCAGUGCUGGUAAUAUGUUAGAUGUCAGAAAUUUCUGAAAUGCAUCAUUUGAAAUCUGAUUCGAACUGUACGUGUCUUUGUACAGUAUGUGACUUGUUUGGUUUUAUGCAUUGAUAUUUCUCAUAUUAGCCCACAGCGAUUGGAGAUUUAUGAUGGAUUUCCGGUGAGGCCUUAGGCUGUACUUGGAUUGUUGUGUACAAUCCUUUAAUAUGGCAAACACUUUUUCCAAAACACUCGUUCAGACCCUUGAACUGUUGAAGAAAUUGAAAAAUUGAAGCACAAAAGGCACUUUUAUAUGUUUGCGUGUGUGUGUGUGUGUCUUUGUUUGAGAAUGUUUUCUCAGUUCCUUCUCCAAAAUCAAAAUGAUCAAUUUCCAUUUUAGUUCAGUGUUGUACGAAGUUUAGUAUUUGAUUCAGUCAGCAAAGGAAGUCGGAACAGACUGAAUGAAGCAAAUUUAGAAGACUAAAUUAUGUGAUGUUCUCUAUCUUUUCACUCUGUCUCUGAGUGUUUGUUUAAAAUUGAUAUAGCAGUAUGUACCAUUUACAGUGCUGACAGAAAAAUCAUUUGGGUCAUUCAACAAAAAGGGUGUAAAAAUUACUUCAACAGUGAAUUGCUGAUGUGCUAAUAUGUAUAUUUCAUAAAAUGAAUUAACAAAAAUCCAGUAGCUUUAUUUUAGUUUGUAUUCAUCAUGAGGAUUCAUUUUCUAGCCUGUGUACAUUUUGAUGAAAACAAAAAAUAUAGACAUAAAAGCUAGCAAUUAUUCUCUGUCUAUAUAUUUUUGAUUUUACUGGACAUAAAAAGGAUUUAUUGUGCCCGGGUUAUGUGCUCCCACUGUUUGCAUCAUAUUUCCCCCUUUGAAAGAACCAGAAAAACUUUGUUGUAUCAACAUUAUAAUCCUUUUAGAAUACACUUUCACUUUAUCUUAUAUUAAGUUGCAUUUGUCAGUAGGGAAAAUUGGGGUAAAUUGACAGUCAGAUUGUAAUGAAUUGAUUGUGGAAAUUUUAUAUAUAUAUAUAUAUAUAUAUAAAAGAAAAGAUAUUUGUAGCAUGAAAUGGAUCAAUGCAAUUUAUUACCAGUUAAAAAUUAUAUAGCAGACAUAAUACAAAAAUGUACUUUUGAAUAAUCGUAUUAGACUGCAGAAGGUACUGAUUUUACAGAAUGACCCAUUCAUAUUAAUUUCAAGCGAUUUUGACUUUCCUGAUUGUAUCCCAGCAGGCCACUGUGACUUUUAACAGUGCAGCUAUAAACUUAAAUUGAGAUUGUGGUUCUUCACUGUGAGCAGCACUCUGUUGAAAUCCCAGCCGCUGCACAAAUGUUAAGAACAUUUCAAUGAAAAAAGAAAAAAACAUUCAAAUUCACAUUUUUAUUGUUCAUCAUUAAAAUCCAGUAAAGAAACCCCCUGACUUGAAUGCCUGUUCUGUAUUUUAAACCACAUUUUGCCUUAAAUGUGAAUCUGAUGCAUCCCUGGUCCCAUCGUAAUUGUAAAGAUAACAAGUACUUUGAGAUAACAUCGCAUUGCUUUUACUGUUCUCUACAUUUGCCUCUCGAGCCUCUUUGGCUUUCUGUUAGCAGCAGAACGAGUCAUAAGGGAUAGUAGAUAGUUAGUUGCUUUAGCACUGAAAGUAAAAGAAAUGAUAAAUGUGCGAGUUCUCCAUUUCUGGAAAUGCUGACAUUGCAGUAUGGACUUAUUUGUUGUUUAUUUACAUGUGCUAUGUUCUGUCUUUUCCUUUUCACUAAAGGUUCAACAGCUUUAUCAAGUUUCAUUUCAUCAUUGUGUGGUACUUUUCUUUCCCUGGAUUUACCAGCAGGUUUUGAACUAAAGUAGCACGAUUGUGGAUCAGUGUUCUGUGUAAAGAUAUGACAGAAUGAAACUUGUACAGCAAAUAAAAUCACUUAAAUUCUCAA